CUCUAACGCCCCAUGAAUUCUUCUAUUGCCCAUCACUAUCGCCCCAUGACGUGUUCUAUUGCUCAUCACUAUCGAUUACUUAUAUUGCCCAUCGACAUCGCGUUCGCCCAUCGCUACAGAGCUUGCCCACCACUAGUGAAUAUCAGAACAACAAAGAAUGGAAUUAGCUGCGGAUCGGCAGAUAGUGAUUAUACAAAACAAUUCAGUUUGCAGCAACUGGUGCAGUGUGUAGUGUCAUUUAAGCAGUUGUUGGACUGGCUGAUCAUCACAUUAUCGGGCAGGACGGGGCGCGGCAACACAAACAAUGCCAGUGAAGGUGUGUGUCGGUGUGUGUGUGUGCGAUCGAGUGGCGAGAGGGGCAGUGCAAGUGAUUCAUUCAGAAAAUCAUAAAUAAAUAACACAAACGGGCCGCAAAACAGCCGCAAAGCGAAUAAUGCUUGCCAAAGUGUGUCAAUCGAUGGAAUUGAACCAACAACAACACUGAUCGCCCCAAUAUCUGUUCAAUAUGUGUGAGAAAUCUUAAAAUCAGACUUGACAAUCGCUACCCCCCUCCUCCCCUCCCACCUAUCUCUUUUUGUUUUCUUUUUUCAAGUUUUUUGUGUUUUUUUCUUGUGUUUGUUGUUUUGUGAACAAAAAAAAAAAAAAAAAAAUCCAACAAAAAACACGCAUAAUUGCAUACGAAAUUUGGUUGGCUGGCGGCGAAGAAAAAGCGAAAGAUCCUGCCAUGGAGCAGGCUCGUCCCGUUCCCGCUCCACGUCGACUCUACCCGGAACUGCGGCCCGGCAACUACGAGAACAUCGAGCUACGGCCCCCCAGCACCACCAUCACCACCACCAACAACAUUGGCGGCAACACCACCACCACCCACAACAACAACAACCUCAAGAAACUGAACAUCGAUGCGGAGAACCUCCAUGGCAACUGCACGGAGAAGAAGCUUCAGGCCGGCGGACACAGCAAGCUGAUCCUGCAGGAGAGCAACGUGGACCUGCAGCAGCCGAUCUACGGGCCGGAUGCCAACGAGAAUGUCCUGGAGCCGGAGUACGCCGUGCCCCGCCCAGCGCCACGUCAGAGACUGCCUCCGGAACCGGAAGUGGAGGAGGCGGUGCCACUGAGGGCUGUGCGGGCGGCGCCCCAAGUCCCACCCAAGCCGCUAAACAUUCCGGCGGAGCAGCGGUUCUCCGUCUGCAGUGAGAUGUCCACCACCAGUGCCGCCACCCAGGGAGGCGGCGCUGGGAGGGCGGGCGAGGAGCGGCAGGAUCGGGAGGACUCGCGGUACGCGUCGAACGCCUCGCUGGACUGCAGCGAGAGCUCCCAGAGCGGCAAGUUCAAGUCGCAGUCACCCGGGUACGUAGAGACGCCAUCGCCAUUGCCAUUGCCAUUGCCGGAUGAUCCGCCGGAUGAUCCGCAGACUGCCCAGCCGGCGGAUGCGGAUGGGGAUGAGGAUGAGGAUCCUCCGGAUACCGGCAGCCAGUCGUCGUCCGAAAAGUCCGCCAGCCGGGAGGGCCAAGAAUCCCAAGAAGAUGAUGAAGAGGAGGAUGACAAGAACCUCCUGCGAACACUGGGCACCACUUCCAAGCUACUGGGCGAGGCCAUCGGCGAGCGGAUCACCUUCAAGGCCAAGGGAGCCAAGAAGCGGCUGGACAAGAACUUCAAGAGCUCCACGGAGGCGAUCAGCAAUCUCAGCGCCGAUGCCAGCCGGAGUCUGAAGCACGCCGGCAAGCGCUUCGGCUCCAACUUCAGCCUGGGCAGGACCAAGAACAAGGCAGGAUCGCCCGAGGGCGGGCCAGCCGGCGGCGAGGACGAGCUGGACAGGCGGCAGACCAUCGCCAACACGGAGGUGUUCAGCACGAUCCAGUUCUCCAGUCCCCUGAACCGGAACGGAGCCAUGCCGGAUCUGCGAGAGCGGGCGAAGGCCAAGGAUCAGGAUGGCGAGCCGGAGGAGUGCUACGAAGUGCCCAAGUCGCAGCAGGGCAAGCCGCCCAGCUACGACGAGGCGCUGCGGGCGCGUCCGUCGCCCAGUGCCUCGCCACUGGCCAGGAAUCUCGCCCAGGAAGCGGCCCAGCGGGUCCAGCUGCGCGGCCAUCAUCCGCGGCAGCAGGCGCCGGCGAACACCAGCUCCUCCUCCUCGUCGGGGAACGGAGACGAGUCACCCAGAUUGCCGAUGCCCGCUUUCCCGCCACCCCGCCUCUCCCAGCAGUCGGAGCAGUUCCGAUUGGAGGCGGCAGCCAUGCAGCCGCCGGUGCGACAGAAGCGGCGGAAGAACUACGAGCACAUCGAGCUGCGGCGUCCUCCGGUGGACUCCGCCGAGCUGGAGCAACUGAAUCGCGCCGCAGAGCUGGCCGAGCGAGAGGAGUCCCUGCUGUUAUCCGCCAAAAACUUAGAGGCCGAGGCCAACACCCCCAAGCCGGACAGGAGCGACUCGUGGCAGUUCUACGGCGAGGAGGAGGACCAGGACUCGGAUGAGUCCUCGCCAGAACCGGUCUACGCCAAUCAGGAGGCCACCUACGGCAAGCUCUUCGAAAUGGCCACCGCCGGCAGCAGUCGCAGCAACCUCCUGACCCCCAACCAGGCCACCGACCAGCUGGCCUGCAUCAGCGAGGACUCGGAGCUUGGCAGCGAGUCCUUGGAGGGAGCCGUGGGCGGAGCACCCCUGCCCCAGGACCUCAUACUCGAGUUCGAUCCCCUGCACAGCAAAUCCUCCACUCUGUCGCGCUCCAACAAGAGCAACGAGCUCCUGCUGCUGGAGCAUCUGCUGGAGGAGGACACCUACGGAACCAUCAAAAGGGAACAGGACGACGUCAGCAUGUGCACUUCCGAGGAGGAGGCCACCGCCUGCAAGAGUCCUCCGAGCCCGCAGCCGAAACAGCCGCAGAUUGUCCACCAGAAUGCCCAUCUGUUGAGCGAUAGCAUGGAGAACAUGCUGGACUCCGAUCAGGAGAGGCAACGCGACGAGGAGAGGGUCAAGCCGUAUCUGAGCAAAGUGCCGGAGCCCGCCAGCAAGGGAAGCGCAAUCGUCGACCUGGCCAGCUCGUCCAGAAACCGCACCAAUUGGUUUGUGGCCGAGAACACCGCCACCGCCAGCUCCCCCAGUUCCAGCCCCGCCACUACCGGCAAGGCACCGAGCAACAUUGAGGGCGAUAGUCCGCCCACUUAUCUGGAAGCCAUUGGAGGCAACUCCAAGGAGGCCAGCAAAGAUCCAGAGAACCGGAAUACGAUUGGUUCGCGGUUCAGGCAAACCAUAAACGCCUUUUCGAAUGUCAAGCUAAAGAUGGACGCCAUGAAGCGGAAGGCCAGCUUCCGGAACCAGCGGCAGUCCGAUCUGAAGGUGGCCCUCCAGAUGGUACCACGGCCCAGCUUGUCGCCGCUCCUGGUGCGCUACGAGGGUCCAUUGGUGCGCUUUCCCACCGGCGUCGUGGAGGACAUUCUCAAGGAGAUGCAAAACCGCAAGGCGAUACUCCGGGAUCGGCAGUUCCAAACGUUCCUCGACCAGGAGAUGAAAACGCCCAGGGAGAUGAUACCCCUGGAAUCUAUCACGACGUUGCAGUGCGUCAGCAAUAGCCGGGUCACUGAUACGGCCACCCAUUUCUAUUGUUUCGAAAUCACCACAUCGCAGCCCAAAAACGGCAAUGGAGCCGGCGAUGUAAUGUCCUCGAAUCCGAACCUUCUGAUGACCAGCAACUCGUCCGGCAAUGUCAAGCAGCAGAGAGUAUCCCACCUAUAUGGUGUGGGCAAAGAGUCCGAACGGGGCGUUUGGAUGCAGAAGAUCCUGGAAAGCCUCACCAACAGCCUGCCGGUGAAGUACACCUGCCAUUAUUAUCGCGCCGGUUGGUGUUACCUCAAGAAUUCCAUCACCUCUGAGUGGAGCGGCACCUGGUUGGUACUUCGCAAGAGCCAGCGUCGUCUGAUCUUCGUCAGUGAGUCCAAUGGAAACGUUGAAAAAAUGGAUCUACGCAAAGCCCGCUGCAUAGUCCUAAAGGAAAGCGACGAGUCCAUCGACAAUUUGCACGUGGAAAGCGGACCUAUGCUAAUGAUCGACUGUCCGCCGUUCUCCGUCUAUAUGAUCAUGAGCUCCGCUCGAGAGACCAAGAUCUGGCGUCACAUCAUCCGCGAGGUGGCCCACAACAAUGGCUUCUCUCUGGGAGAUCAACAGCUGACCCGCUACGAUGUGCCCGUAAUCGUGGAUAAAUGUAUCAACUUUGUUUACAUCCAUGGCUCCAUGUCUGAGGGUAUAUACCGUAAGUCCGGGUCGGAGAACUCCAUGCACAAGCUUAUGAGCGCCUUCCGAGCGGAUGCCUUCAAUGUGGAGAUAACCAGGAACGAGUACAACGAACACGAUGUGGCCAAUGUGCUGAAGCGAUUUAUGCGCGAUCUGCCAGAACGUUUGCUCGGCAAGCUAACUGAUAGUUUUGUAUUUGUCACUGAGCUGGCCGUGGCCACAGAAAAGAUUCCCAUUUACCGGGAAUUAUUGGCCAGACUUUCGGCCAUCGAAAGGGAAACACUGCGACGGAUUGUCAACCAUUUGGUGUUCAUCAGUUCCCAGCAGUCCAAAAACAAGAUGAGUGUCCAGAACCUGACCAUGAUCUGGGGUCCCACGUUGUUGGCCAAAAAGAGCGACGAAUUGAUUUAUUCGCAAAAGGAGGCGGACGUCCUGAGCGAUCUUAUACUGCUCUACAAGAAUCUAUUCCCCUGCAGCGCCGAAGAAAUGAAACGCGAACAGGCCAUGCUGGCAUGCCUGCAAAAGUACUACGCCGCCGCCGAGACACUCAAGGAUGCAGUGAAGCAGUCGGGUGACAUUAAAAUCUGGAUCAGCCUCAAUCCCAACCCGGAUAAUACCACCGAAGAAAAAACCCAGGUAAAUGCCACCAUUUCGCCCACCAAAACUGCCUACGAGCUGUGCCGUGAAUAUUCCGCAAAAAUGAAAUUGCCGACCCACCAGCUGACCCUUUACGAAGUGAUUCUCAACGACAGCCUGGAACGCCCCCUGCAUCACGACACCAAAGUGUUCGACGUGAUCCUGAAUUGGUCCUAUUGGCCGGAGGAAGAUCGCAAGCACAACUAUCUGGUGGUGCGUCCGGUGGAGAUGUUGCGUGAAAUCCAACGUGCCGUUAAGAAUCUGGCCACCGUGACACCUGGCAAGGAAUUGCGUUUCGCCGACUCCAGGACGAAGACUUUCAAGAACCUGCAAUGCGAACUGAGGGAUGGCAAGAUUGUGGUCUCGAAGAAGGAUAAGAACGACAAGACCACCAUUGUGAGGGAGAUCUUUCUGCAGAGCAGCACGGCGUACCUGGGAUGCGAGCGGAAGAGAGACUUCCCCUGGAGCUGGGCCAUAACUUUUGUGGAGCGUACGCAGGCGCAGAUAAUGAGAUCGCGCGACGCACCCUUUAUCGGCCAUGUCCUGGCUGGCAGCGAGUGGGUGGAUCGGACCAUCUGGUACUCCAGCAUCUGGUACUGCCUCUACGGGGACAACAUCCUGCCACCAGCCGAAAUCAUCAUCAAAUAGGAACGCAAUUCUUAAGCUUUCGUUCCUCAACGAAAACGACGACUCCAUCGACGAUUUGCAGGUGGAAACCGGACCUAUGCUGAUGGUAGACUGAUGAAUGACGGACUGGAUGAUUAUGAGCUGCGCCUGAGGGAUCAAGAUCAGCUUCUUCGUCACAGGAUCAUCGCCCACAACCCAAGGAGGAUCUUCAGUUACGUGUCGUCGGAACCUGUGCCCGCCCAUUGGAAUUAGGCGAAAGUGGCGAAUCAGCAUCUCCAGAAUGUUAACCAUAUAUUUCUAAGCAUCUGUAUGGAUUAGAUAUAGUAGAUAUUGUUUAGUUAUAAUCUAGUAUAGUCUAUCAGCCUGUAUGAUAUUUAAUAAAUUGAAUAAAAAGUUGAAAAACGG